CCGUCCCCACGGCAACAGCCCCUUCCGCAGAGCGCUCAUUGGCUGGCCCGGAGAAUGUAUCCAUUGAGACGCUCGCUGUUUGUAUCCAUUGAGGAGCUGCCUCGCGCAGGGGGUGUGCGAGCGCCGAGUCCAAGGGAGAGUGAGCAAUCGAGCACGGAGUCCGAAUUAAUUGGAUUUCAUUCACCCUGGAGGAACAAAACUGUCUGGGCAGCUUCAUUCAGAGAGAUUCAUUGACACCGAGAACGAGCGGCUGCAGCCGGGUGCAGAGGGAACCGCCGGCUUCACUUCGGUCUCGCCUGCCCCAACCGCUAUCCCGGCUUGGGAAGAGCGAGGUGGACUCCAACCCCGCUCCGAGAGCGGCGGCUUCCCGCGGCGCGCUCGGCCUCUGCCUGCCCCGAGGGGCGUCUGAUAGGCACCCCGCCCUCUCCGGCAGCUCGACCCCCAUGAUAGAUACGCUCAGACCCGUGCCCUUCGCGUCGGAAAUGGCGAUCAGCAAGACGGUGGCGUGGCUCAACGAGCAGCUGGAGCUGGGCAACGAGCGGCUGCUGCUGAUGGACUGCCGGCCGCAGGAGCUCUACGAGUCGUCCCACAUCGAGUCGGCCAUCAACGUGGCCAUCCCGGGGAUCAUGCUGCGGCGCCUGCAGAAGGGCAACCUGCCGGUGCGCGCGCUGUUCACGCGCAGCGAGGACCGGGACCGCUUCACGCGGCGCUGCGGCACGGACACCGUGGUGCUCUACGAUGAGAGCAGCAGCGACUGGAACGAGAAUACGGGCGGCGAGUCGGUGCUCGGGCUGCUGCUCAAGAAGCUCAAGGACGAGGGCUGCCGGGCGUUCUACCUGGAAGGUGGUUUCAGUAAGUUCCAAGCCGAGUUCGCCCUGCACUGCGAGACCAAUCUAGACGGCUCGUGUAGCAGCAGCUCGCCACCGUUGCCAGUGCUGGGGCUCGGGGGCCUGCGGAUCAGCUCCGACUCCUCCUCGGACAUUGAGUCUGACCUUGACCGAGACCCCAAUAGUGCAACGGACUCGGAUGGCAGUCCGCUGUCCAACAGUCAGCCUUCUUUCCCCGUGGAGAUCUUGCCCUUCCUCUAUUUGGGCUGUGCCAAGGACUCCACCAACCUGGACGUGUUGGAGGAGUUUGGCAUCAAGUACAUUUUGAACGUCACCCCCAACUUGCCGAAUCUCUUUGAGAAUGCAGGAGAGUUCAAAUACAAGCAGAUCCCCAUCUCGGAUCACUGGAGCCAAAACCUGUCCCAGUUUUUCCCUGAGGCCAUUUCUUUCAUAGAUGAAGCCCGGGGCAAAAACUGUGGCGUCCUGGUGCAUUGCUUAGCUGGUAUCAGUCGCUCGGUCACGGUGACUGUGGCUUACCUUAUGCAGAAGCUCAAUCUGUCGAUGAACGAUGCUUAUGACAUUGUGAAGAUGAAGAAAUCCAACAUCUCCCCCAACUUCAACUUCAUGGGCCAGCUGCUGGACUUCGAGAGGACGCUGGGACUGAGCAGCCCCUGUGACAACCGAGUGCCCACACAGCAGCUCUAUUUCACCACCCCCUCCAACCAGAAUGUGUACCAGGUGGACUCUCUGCAAUCCACGUGAAGGCCCCCGCUCCCCCAGCUGGAAUGUGUCCAGUCGAUCCUUAGCAGUUUCUCUUAGCAGCAUCAGCCAGGCUGCUUUCUUUGUAUGUGGCCCCAGGUGUCAACAGGACACCAGCUGUCUGUAUUAGACAAGGUUACCACGUAUGGAAUUGGCUAUUCCCAAGGGAGAGAUUUGCUCCCUUCCUGUUGGAAGAACAGGACCUGCUGUAUAGACCCAGGCCGUAGGUUCGCUCCACACCCGUGUGUACAGCCUACCCCUGCAGGGACUGGAAUUCGAGGACUUCCAGGUACAUAGGGUAGGACCAAAUGGUAGGGUAGGAGCAUGUGUUCUUUCGGGCCUUGUAUGACUGUUUCUUUUGCAUCUGGAACUGAUUCUAUAUUGUCUUCAGUGAAGACCGAUUCAAUUUUGCAUAUAAAGGAGCCAAAGAGAGGUUUCAGCUCUGUGUUUGUAGUGUCAGUUUGCAAAAAACAAAAAUAAAUAAUCAAUCAAAUGAAUCUCAUAUUCCAUUUGAUUAUUGUAAAUAUUUGAUCUUAAAUCACUUGACUGUUUGUUUGAACUGUGUUUUUCCUUUGAUGGGUUUAAAAGAAAUCAUCCAAAGGGAGAAAGAGCAGUUUGCCACUUAAAAAUAAUGGAAACUUUUGCUCUUUUUGAAUCCAAAGGAUAUAUUUGCAGCAUGCUCAACGUUACCAAUUCUGAAUGACAUUUUCAUGGACACUUAAUGAUCAUGGAGACCUUGUUAUGGUGCAGUCUUCAGUCUCUUUCAUAUCUUCCUUGUGACUUUUUUUCUCCUUAAUGUAGUUUGACUCUGCCUUAUCUUUGUAAAUAUUUUGGUUUGUAUUGUCUCAGAGUGGAUAUCUUGGAAAGACACCAAAAUCAUGGGCUCACUUUUUUUGUUGUUGAAACUUCAGCUGUGCUAAACAGUAUCUUACCUCUGUACAAAAUUCUUCAGGGAGUGUCACCUCAAAUGCAAUACUUUGGGUUGGUUUCUUUCCUUUUUAAAAACAAUUUGUGUGAAACUGGAAGCGUGUGUGUGUGUAUGUGAAAGUGAGCAUGGGUACUCAUUCAAUAGGCGACAUGCAUAUGAUUGUGAAGGAAGGAGACAGUGGCUCCAUAUGUUCAUGGUGUAAAGUUCUGAGCUGAAAUUUUAUUAUAAGAAUGUAAAACCUUAAAUUAUUAAUAAAUGACUAUUUUGGCUAUCAAA